AGCAGAGUUUCUUGAGAACUUCUUAUAAAAACCCUAAAAACCCAAUUCUGAGAGUUUUAGGGUUACGCCGCAGUAUAGCUGUUUGUGUCGUGUGUCAGCUGCAGCUUGGAACGAAGAUGGUUAAGGGACGCCAAGGAGAGCGCGUCAGACUCUAUGUGAGGGGUACAAUCCUUGGAUACAAAAGGUCCAAGUCAAACCAGUAUCCCAACACAUCCCUGAUCCAAAUUGAGGGAGUGAACACCAAAGAAGAAGUAGGAUGGUAUGCUGGCAAGAGAAUGGCCUAUAUUUACAAGGCUAAGGUGAAGAAUAAUGGAAGCCACUACCGUUGCAUUUGGGGUAAGGUUACAAGGCCUCAUGGUAACAGUGGUGUUGUUCGUGCUAAAUUCAAGUCAAACCUUCCUCCCAGAUCAAUGGGAGCACGGGUUAGAGUGUUCAUGUACCCAAGUAACAUCUGAGGUAAUUAGAUACAGGUGAGAAGUUCCUCAGUAGAAUUCACAGCUUAUUUGUAGGCACAAGGAUUUUUGUUUCAUCUUUCGAUAAUUUUGUUAUCUAUCAACUUCUGAGAAUUUUCUUUACGGUUUAGAUUUCAUGGGACCGAAUGGUUUUGCCCAUUGUCUUGGCUACUGUCUAUGAAGAUUAUAUAUUCGUUGCUAUGAAGUGUGUGGAUUUAGUUA